CCCAGCUAGCUAGCGCGGCCAUCGCUGAACAUGUCCAGAGGAUCGAGUUACACGACGCCCCAUCUUUAAGCCCCACUCAGAGCUCCGUUAGCUGAAGGACAACAGAGGAAAGUACGGAGCACCGACCGAAAGAGCGUCCGGCGUCUCCACGCUCAUGCCUUGAAAAAAGUGGAAGACGUUAAACUCAUCUGGAGGUCUCAACAUGAUAGAAACAAUGGACACACAGCGUGCCUUGCAGGCGGUGGAGCGUCUCCAGGCCAAACUGAAGGAGAGGGGGGAGGUGCCCACCGAGGAGAAGCUCAGCCUGCUCAAAUCUGUCCUUCAAAGUCCCCUCUUCCAUCAGAUCCUGGCCCUGCAGAAAUCUGUCCAGCAUCUCAAAGAGCAGGGUGGUGUACCCGCGUUGAGAGCGAACGAACACCACGACCAUGGCACAGCAGUCAAGCCCCACGGAGGCCAGUCGCAAAGCUCCGCCACCGCAUGCGUCAACGGCCGAACGCCAUCCGAGGAGUUGGACCAGGCUGUCCAAUCGAUGGCGCAGGGACGCUACGUAGCACACGUGGAGCUGCAGAAGCCAGCGUCAGGAGGACUCGGCUUCAGCCUGGUGGGCCUGAAGAGCGAGAACCGCGGAGAACUCGGCAUUUUUAUUCAAGAGAUUCAGCCGGGAAGUGUUGCUGACUGCGAUGGAAAGCUGAAGGAGGCCGACCAGAUCUUGGCCAUCAAUGGUCAGCCCCUCGAUCAGACAGUGAGCCACCAGCAAGCCAUCGGUCUCCUGCAGAGUGCGUCCGAGAGAGUGCAUCUGACAGUGGCUCGGGGCCCAAUACCCCAGCUGACAAGUCCCAUCGUGUCCCGCACGCCGUCUGCCGCCAGUACUCUGUCAGCCAACUCCAGCGCGUGGCAACAUGUGGAGACAAUUGAGCUGGUGAACGAUGGCACCGGUCUUGGGUUCGGUAUUGUUGGAGGAAAGACUACAGGGGUCAUCGUCAAAACUAUUCUUCCUGGAGGCAUAGCUGACCAGGACGGACGGUUGCGCAGUGGAGACCACAUCCUAAGAAUUGGGGACACCGACCUCCACGGGAUGGGAAGCGAGCAGGUGGCGCAGGUCCUUCGGCAGUGUGGCAACAGAGUUAAGCUGGUUGUGACCAGGGCUCCGGUGGAGGAAACGCCAUCUGCGGUCAUGUCAGUAGUGCUUCCUACCGUCAGUGAACAACAGGCUGACGAGGAAGAGGAGGCCGAAAGCUUCAACGUGUGCCUCACCAAGAACGCACAGGGACUGGGGAUCACCAUUGCCGGCUACGUGGGCGAUAAAAAUUCAGAGCCCUCUGGUAUCUUUGUUAAGAGCAUCACAAAAGACAGCGCUGUUGAUCAAGACGGCCGCAUCCAUGUGGGAGACCAGAUAACAGCUGUGGACGGCGUGAACAUCCAGGGACACACCAAUCAGCAGGCGGUGGAGCUGCUCAGACACACCGGCCAGACCGUCCGCCUUAAGCUGAUCCGUCGGGGCUUCAGACCCGAGGAGAUCCCCCCCGCCGUGUCGCCCAGCGCCUCCGUCCUGUCGCCGUCCGCCGCCAUCCCCACCACCACCACAGUCAUGAGGGAGCUGGAGCUGGAGAGGAGGCAGGCCGAGGAGCCCGCCCAAGAAGAACCGCAGCUCCACACAAAGAGUGAUGGAUCUGGUGUCACCCCAGCCAUGGAUCAGCUAUCAAUAGACACACAGGGGUUGAAGUUAACACCACUGGAAGAGGAAGAAGUUAUAAAGAAGUGGCAGAAGAUUCUGGGUCCAAGUAAUGAAGUUAUCGUGGCUCAGGUGGAGAAGUUCAGUGAAAGCAGUGGGCUGGGCAUCAGUCUUGAAGCCAGCCGGGGGCAUCACUACAUCCGCUCUGUUCUUCCUGAAGGACCCGUGGGACGCUGUGGCCAACUGUUUAGUGGAGAUGAACUGGUGGAGGUUAAUGGUAUUUCCCUGAUUGGUGAGACCCACAAAGAAGUGGUGAGAAUCCUGAAGGAGCUUCCUAUCUUUGUGUACAUGACGUGCUGCAGGCCGGCUCCGGACCUUCAAACCCCCGUAGAAGCUAACAAGGGCGAAUCAGAGAAUCAGAUAGACCCCAGAAGUGAACAAGUCACUGAGGAGUCGGCGGGAAACCCUGAAGCAGCGACGCAGGACACCGUGACAGAGGAGGGGAUAGGAUCUUCCUUGGCAAUGUGGGAGUUAGAGAUCCAGAAUAUUGAGCUGGAGAAGGGAGAAGGAGGAUUGGGAUUCAGUAUUUUGGAUUACCAGGACCCGCUGGACCCUGCCAAGACGGUGAUUGUCAUCCGCUCUUUGGUCCCAGACGGCGUCGCCGAGACGGAUGGCCGACUGUUGCCAGGAGACAGACUCAUGUAUGUCAAUGACACAAACCUGGAGAACGCGAGUCUGGAGGAUGCCGUCCAGGCCCUGAAGGGGGCCAAGCUUGGCAAAGUCCAGAUUGGCGUCGCCAAGCCGCUGCCUGUAAGCCUGAGUGGAAUAUGUGGAUAUUCCCACUCUCUACACCCAUAUGGUGACCAGAAAGUAACUCCAUCUUCCAUCAUCCAUCAGUCAUUUGACUUCAGCAAUGUUUUGAUUGAAGAAGGAGAGGAGGAGGGACUGGCUGAGGGCGUCCUUUACCGAGCUGAACCUGCAUUGAUUGAUCCUUGUGAAGGAGACCUUUCUGAUGAAAGGAUGUUAGAUCACACCUACUCGGGGGUAGAGGAGGACACUUUCCAGGUGUCCAUGAUUGCUCUGCAUGGGAGUGCCUGCAGCACUGACCUGGAUUAUCUGCAAUCAUCCACACCUAAGCUGACGGCUCGCCUGAACGUGCGGAGUGAACAUCCAGGCUUUACGGACGACACUCAAGCGUUUCCUCCAGACAAGUCAGACUCCUUCAGUCCUACGAGCUCGACCGCUCACAUGCCCGCCGUUAGUGCCAUCCUAAGUAGCUCUGAUCAAUAUUUGGCUCAACCUCAGAGCAAAGAAGAACAACCAUGGCCUUCAAGCGUAUACCGCACUUUAACUGAAAUAGAGGGCAGAUCUAUUGAACGGGAAGCAUCCGUGGAUCCUCUUCAUAACCUGAAAGAAGGCACCAUCUCUAUUGGAGGUGUUGGAAAUGUGCUGGGAUUGAAGGACGGCGAGGCUGGCGAGGAAGAGCCUGCAGAAGACGGGUUGACCUCAGGGAGCAGUUUGGAAAGGACCAUCACAGUCGUCAAGGGCAACUCCAGCCUUGGAAUGACGGUGAGCGCAAUGAAAGACGGCCUGGGAAUGCUGAUCCGCAGCAUAAUCCACGGGGGAUCCAUCAGCCGCGACGGACGCCUCGGGGUCGGGGACCUCAUCCUGGCCAUCAACGGAGAGCCAACCACCAACCUGAGCAACGCCCAGGCUCGGGCCAUGCUCAGAAGGCACUCCCUCAUCGGGCCGGACUUGGGAUCUGCUUGUGCACCCGAGGACGAUCUGUGCCCAUUUUAUGUCAUCACGUAUGUCCCAGCUGAGUAUCUGGAGGAGUACAAGGCCAACUUGGAGCGAGCUCAGGAAGACGUCUUCUCUGAGGAAGCUUCAUCUUCUCUUCUAGCUCCAAAAAUGAUCUCAACUCUACCAGAGCGUGAGGACGGCGAGGGAGAGGAGAGCGCGUCUUAUGGAAAUUGGAACCAGCCCCGAAAAGUGGAGCUCUUCCGGGAGCACGGCAAGUCCCUGGGAAUCAGCAUCGUCGGGGGCCGGGGGAUGGGGAGCCGGCUGAGCAACGGAGAGGUGAUGAGGGGCAUUUUCAUCAAGCACAUCCUGGAGGACAGUCCAGCGGGGCAGAACGGGACUCUGCGGACUGGAGACAGGAUCGUGGAGGUCGACGGGGUGGAUUUAAGGGACGCCAGCCACGAGGAGGCGGUGGAAGCCAUCCGGAGAGGUGGAAACCCCGUGACCUUUCUGGUCCAGAGCAUCGUCCAGAGACCCCGUCAACAGUCAUCGAUAACGGACAGCGCAGAGGAGAGAGCCGCAGCCGCCACAGCGAGGGACGUCAAGGACAAGGAGGGGGACAGUCACAGUAGACUUUUCCUCCGCCUCUCCCCAACUAACCCUUUCACUCCUACCCCGUUUAAGCCGCUGAAACGCGAAACGGCAAAGAUCUCCCCCACCGGCACCCUGCUCGCCCUCCCGGUGGUGCCCCAUGCUGGGGAGAGCGACACGGAUGCGCUCGCUGAGGCUCCUGCGGAAGCGGGUGAGGAGGGCGAAGAGGAGAAGGUGGAUGAGUUUGGAUACACCUGGAGGAGCGUAAGCCGGCGCUACGGCAGCCUCCCCGGGGUCCUGCACAUGAUCGAGCUGGAGAAAGGCCAGACGGGCCUGGGCCUCAGCCUGGCAGGGAACCGGGACCGCUCCCGCAUGAGCGUGUUUGUGGUGGGGAUCGAUCCCAACGGGGCGGCGGGCAGGGAUGGGCGGAUCCUUGUGGGAGAUGAGCUCCUAGAGAUCAAUGGGCAAGUUCUUUAUGGCCAAAGUCAUCAGAAUGCAUCGUCCAUAAUAAAGAGUGCUCUGUCCAAAGUCAAAAUCAUCUUUGUCAGGAACCCAGAGGCCCUCAACCAGAUGGCUGUGGGACCCGUGAGAGGAGACCAACCUGAGCCAGAAACAAACACGGCUGACGAUGACUCCUCACAACAACUUCAUCACAUCAUAAAGUUGAAGGGGGAUGGAGGACUUGGGAUCACGUUUGUUGAUGGCAACACAGAGACUGGAGUUGAAGUUCAGAGCAUAUCUGAAGUGACGGACCACUCUGGACAUGAGGGCUGCAUGAAACCGGGGGACAAGCUCCUGGCUGUAAACGGGGUGUCUGUGCUGGGAUACACGGUCGAUAAGGUUAAUUCCCUGCUGAGAAAAGCUAAGGGUCCAGUGAGGCUAACCUUCUCCACAGCUGAGGCUCCCUCCUUCUCCUUUUCUCAGUCAGAUGGUCAGGAGAGUGGGCGCCCCGAGGAAGUCCUCACAAGCCUACUCAGCAUGCCUAGCACCAGCCCGACUCCAGAGACGGAAGCGGUGGCGAGCUUCAGUCGCUCAUCAACCCCUUCCACUUUGGCCUGUGACCCGGCGACCUGUCCCAUCAUCCCCGGCUGUGAGACCACCAUCGAGAUCUGUAAGGGCUGCACGGGCCUGGGCCUCAGCAUCGUGGGAGGCUGCGACACCCUGCUGGGAGCCAUCAUUAUCCAUGAAGUUUACGAAGAAGGAGCAGCCUCCAAAGAUGGCCGACUGUGGGCAGGAGACCAAAUCCUGGAGGUGAACGGUAUUGACCUGCGAGCAGCCAGCCACGACGACGCCAUCAACGUGCUGCGGCAAACCCCGCAGAGGGUCCGGCUGACAGUCUUCAGGGAUGAAGGCCAGUACAAGGAGGAAGACUUGUGGGACUCCUUCGAUGUGGAGCUGCACAAAAAACCCGGCCAGGGCCUGGGCCUCAGUAUAGUUGGCAGGAGAUCUCGGAAACACAGGAACGACACGGGAGUCUUCGUGUCAGACAUUGUGAGCGGAGGCCUGGUCGACGCCGACGGCCGCCUGCUGCAGGGCGACCAAAUCCUGUCGGUAAACGGCGAAGAUGUCCGGUCGGCCACUCAGGAGGCGGUAGCUGCCCUUCUCAAGUGCUGCAUCGGACCCAUCAAGCUGGAGGUGGGGAGGUUUAAAGCGGGCCCGUUCCACUCUGAAAGACGGCUGUCCCAGAGCAGUCAGAUAAGUGAAUCCGGCAGCUCCAAAGUGGCUCGUCCGUCGAGUUCCGACUCCGGAAACCUUCUCUGUGACUCUGAAAAGCAAAGCCCAGCUCAGGAUGCUGCAGAGCAUCAGGACGUCAGAACAGUGGAGCUGACCAAAGGUCCCAGCGACUCUCUGGGCAUCAGCAUCGCGGGCGGCGUGGGCAGCCCUCUGGGCGACAUCCCCAUCUUCAUCGCCAUGAUGAACCCCGUCGGGCUGGCGGCUCAGACCCAGCUGAAGGUGGGAGACAGAAUCGUCAGCAUUUGUGGCACCUCGGCCGAAGGCAUGAGCCACUCGCAGGCUGUCACGCUGCUCAAGAACACCCCAGGCACAAUACAGCUGCAGGUGGUAGCGGGUGGCGACUCCACCGUGACGGGACCCUCUCAGGAACAGUUGACCCCCAGCUGCAUCUUCCAGGACGAUAUCGGCCCUCCCCAGUACAAGACCAUCACUCUGGAAAGAGGACCCGACGGACUCGGCUUCAGUAUCGUCGGGGGCCACGGCAGUCCGCACGGCGACCUGCCCAUUUACGUCAAAACCGUCUUCGGGAAGGGGGCGGCUGCGGAGGAUGGCCGUCUGAAGCGCGGAGAUCAGAUCAUCGCCGUCAACGGGCAGACCCUGGAAGGAGUCACCCACGAAGAGGCCGUCGGCAUCCUGAAAAGGACCAAGGGGACCGUCACGCUCACCGUGCUGUCAUAGACGCCGCCGCAGACGCACGCGCACGCCAUCGUCUGAAAAAAGACCAAAACGCGAGGUCGUGAUACGAAACACUGAUGCAGGAAAACCUACUAGGAGUAGAAGGUCACGGAUGAAGGUCACUGUGAAGCAUUCCAUGACACUGGACUGAAGUGUUGUGUUGUUAUUGCACAGCGUGUCAACACUGGUCUGAAGGAGGAGGUGUGUUCUUGGAGUUCGCGAUCAGUUUAAGAAAUAUAGCGCUGCUAAAGCUCAUUUAAGAAUAAAAAACUAAAUGUCAGUAUUUUUUUAAAGAAUUGAUGUUCGCUUCAUGGAUGGAAAACUGUGACCCAGGCUCAGUUGGACCGUGACGUUUGCCCAAAACGCUCGCUCCAUGUGAAGACGGUGAAGGCCGUGUCACACAGCCUCUAGAAGUACACCUUGCUCAUUUUCCACGCAGGAAAUUUCGGUUUUCCGUGAUACACGCGGGUUCUAGGUAAGUCAUACGUGUUUCUUGCGUUCGUCUUCCGUCGAUGUGCGCAGAUGUCCGUCGAGGGUUUUGGCCGACGGGUCUUUACGCGAAUUUGGUUUUAAGCUGUUCAAAAUUUUGGGUGGGUUUAGAAUAUUUACUCAUUUUUGACGUAGUUUAGGCGCAAUUAUUACGUAAAUCUUACACAAUUGUGCCUGAUUUUUUGCUAAAUGCAUUUGCAAAUUUGUGGCGUCUAACGGACUUUUCACGCACCGCCAAUGUGUAACUUGUUUACACAUAUGUUCAAACUGCGUAAUUAACGCACAAAUCACUGAUGAAUUGCAAACAAACAGUGAAAGAAUAACACAAAGUUUAUGUUCUACAUUGAUGUAGGUGUUCUAUUCUGGUUUAUUCCUACUUCUUCCAUGGUUUUAAGGUGGUUCAUUCACGAUACAUCUGUGAAAUUUUCACAUAAAGACGAACUUUUUUCACGUUUUUUAAUCACGUAUGACCAAUGGUUAUCCAUGCAAUAAGCGUAAAUAGUGGCUGUGUGUCACGGCCUUAUGGUAGGAGUUGUGUGGUUUAAGGGCAAAGUAAGACGUUCUCUGUAUUAUCUCCUCCCUAGUGCUGCCACUUGGACUCUAUCUUGUCUGUUAACACUGAAUUUAUUAAAAGUGACCUUUGAACUCGCU